UACAACCUGCCUCCUGAACGAACUAGCACUUUACUUUGAAGGUUGUGAGCAGCGGAAGUGGAGCCGUUGUUUCCGGUGGUUGUGUUUGGUGUGGUCUGGUUCGGCUCGGUUCAGCUCGGCUCGGUACAGACCAGCAGCUGCAGGACCAGCAGUAGUAAACCUGUGUGUGACCGCGGAGGAAAGAUGGCGGCCCCUGCUCUCUCCGGUCGGACUGGCUCGGCGGGCAGCCUCGGGAACAGCCCCACAAUGGCCGCCGGCAGGCCGCCGCACGGCGGAGGCGGCGUCGGGCCCGAGCUCGACUUCAGGUCGGCGGCCCGCAUGGAGGACCUGAACCGGCUCAUCCAAGAGUUCAGCAAGCACGACCAGCGGGAGUACGACGACCAGCGGGCACUAGAGAUCCACACGGCCAAGGACUUCAUCUUCUCAAUGCUGGGAAUGGUCCAGAAGUUGGACCAGAAGCUCCCGGUGGCCAAUGAGUACCUCCUGCUCUCGGGAGGCGUUCGGGAAGGUGUGGUGGACAUGGACCUGGACGAGCUGAGCGUCUACGCCCGUGGCACAGACUACGACAUGGACUUCACUCUGCUGGUCCCAGCGCUCAAACUCCAUGACCGCAACCAGCCGGUGACCCUGGACAUGAGGCACUCAGCCCUGGGCCACUCCUGGCUCAGCCUGCGCCUCUUUGAUGAAGGAACUAUCAACAAGUGGAAGGACUGCUGCACCAUCGUCGACCACAUCAGCGGGACCACCAACUACUUCUUCUCUCCGACGCUAGUGGCUGACUGGUUCUACCAGUCCAUCUCCCUAGUGCUGCUGGAGGUGCAGAAGAAGCCACAGAGAGGGAUGCCCAGAGUGGAGAAGGUGGAGAGGAACGGCACCAUCAUCUCCGUCAUCCUGGGUGUUGGGAGCAGCCGGAUGCUCUACGACAUCGUCCCCGUGGUGUCGUUUAAAGGCUGGCCGGCUGUUGCUCAGAGCUGGCUGAUGGAGAACCACUUCUGGGAUGGGAAGAUCACUGAGGAGGAGGUGAUCAGCGGCUUCUACCUUGUCCCCGCCUGCUCCUACAAAGGCCGCAAGGAGAAUGAGUGGCGGCUGUCGUUCGCCCGCAGUGAGGUGCAGCUAAAGAAGUGCAUCUCGUCCAGCCUGAUGCAGGCCUACCAGGCCUGUAAAGCCAUCAUCAUAAAGCUGCUCUCCCGCCCCAAAGCCAUCAGCCCCUACCACCUCCGCAGCAUCAUGCUGUGGGCGUGUGACCGCCUCCCUGCCAACUACCUGGCACAGGACGACUUCUCCGCCCACUUCCUGCUCGGCCUGAUCGACGACCUGCAGCACUGCCUCGUCAACAAGAUGUGUCCCAAUUACUUCAUUCCCCAGUGCAACAUGCUGGAGCACCUGUCGGACGAGACGGCCAUGCUGCACGCCCGCAAACUGUCCUCGGUGCGCUCCGACCCGGCCGAGCACCUCCGCACCACCAUCGAACACGCCAAGGCCGCCAACAGGCUGACGGUGGAACUGCAGUGGCGAGGAAGCUCCAACAACCUGCCGUCACCGCAGUCUGACGCUGGAGGCGAGAACCAGCCAGACGAUCGGCUGGCCAAGAAGCUUCAGCAGCUCGUCACCGAGAAUCCUGGGAAAUCCAUUUCAGUCUUCAUCAACCCGGACGAUGUGACGCGACCACACUUCCGCAUCGACGACAAAUUCUUCUGAAACUGAGAAACGUUCUGCCAGACCUCCUCCUCCUCUCUCUCUCUGCCUUCCUCCUCCUCACCCGGUGCCCCGCCUCCUCUGAAACUUUAUUUUUUACAUUUUUUAUGUUUUUCUGCCACAGAGUGAAGUGAGGUGAUUGUCUAGUUGUGUCUGCCACAGUUUUUUAUUUUUAUUUUUCUAUUCCCUCUCCCUUCUUCCCUCCUCUUUCACUGUGUGCCCUGUGUUUUUUUACCUGCUGAAUGCCUUUUAAAUAGACAGCUGAAUAGCAGCAGGUUGUUUUUAAAACUGAAGGAUGAGGUGAAAUCCACCUCCAGAUGGAAUUCAUCUUCCUGUCCGACGGUAGUUCAAUGUGAUUAUCAGGGAUUCUGGAAAUGAGACCAAACCCCCACCUCCUGAAAACAUCACAGCAGCCUCAGUAACCUGUAGUAACCAGGUAACAUGAAGGUAAUAUUUCCACCUUAAAAUAUGAUGCAAUCACUGGCCAGUCAUUACCACUGAAAGAAUAAAAGCUCAUUAAUACAUCUUUAUUUAUUAAAGCAGUUAAACAGUAACUGAUGCACAGCUUUGCAACAAUUACACUAAAUAUUCUGUAACAAAGAAAGAGCAAAGAUGUUACAAACGUUUGAUCAGUGAUCAAUCUGAUCAUUUAUCUUAUUUAUUUACUUUAUUUUGCUGUUUUCUUCUCAGGAAUUAUGACUUUUAUUGUAAUUAAGUCUAAUAAAAUAAUUAAGCUGAGGCAUUAUCUCUUAUACAUGCUCAGUAUUCUUCUCCUCUCUCUUCUCCAUUCUUCUUCUUUAUUAUAAUCAUGACUUUUUUUAUAUAAAGUUUCUCAUAAUAAUUCAGUAUGUCACCCAGUCAGAAACAUUUCCUCAUAAUUAAAGGUGCAUCAUCUCAACAUCUCAGAUAUGUACAUAUAUACAUAUAUCAUAAUUGUAACCUUGAUAAUAAGUUAUAACGAUGAUGUGAUAUCUGAAUUUUUCUCAUAAUAAUUUGGUUAUGAGUCAAUGAUAGAUGCUAAUUUGUCAUGAUUAAAUUGCAAGAUUUAAUAUGUGACAUUAUCUAAUAAUUAAAAUGAUAAGAUACUGUCGUAUCAUUAUAGGAAAAUAAUAAGAGAGCAACAGCAAGCUAAGAUGGAGGAUUUUUGUUUUUGCCCCUGAUUGUUAAAACACUGAACCUGCAGCUGCAUCAAGGCUGUUCUAUAUGAGAUUGUACACACACACUCAGGAGGUGGGAAUGCCAAAUGGCACGUGGUGUCUCAGAGCCAGGAGUGAAGAUGAGUUGUGUUUGAAGGUGGAUUUUGUCCCUCUGAAGAAUGUCUUAGUCCUGCUGGGGGACAAUGGUACUAAUGUCUUAGAGACUAACUGUAAAUAGAAGAAAGCUGACUGAACACUGAUGUGUAGACAGAAGUGAAAUAGAGACUGAUGACUCAUGAUGAUGAUGUGUGGACAACUCUUCGUCUAACUUUGCACAGAAUGUAAAAAAAAAAACACUUUUCCUCUCGAUGGUGGACGUCGUGUUCGUCCUGACUCUGAAAUGUUGUAUCAUAUCAUCAGACAGUGACACUUUACUGAAGAGCUGUCGUACUGAGCAUUUUAAAUGUGCGUUAACCAGUGAAAAAGCAGGAAGUACACAGUGAUACUGCAGUAACACUUCAUCAGUCUGUCUUUAAUGUGCUGACCACAGAGUGGUCUGCUUCAAACCAUCGGCUUCACCUGAAUUUAAAGUCUUAAAAGUUGAUCUGACAGCAGGUCCAGGACCUGUUAAAAGCUCUUUUGAAUGUGAAUGUGAACACAAGGUGUAAAGUGCCCAUGUGGUGUUUGGGGACAGCUAUGAAAAUCAGAUUUCAAUUGACCUACAGACACACACAGACUUUUUUCUGCUGCUCACUCGCAGAACUUCUCAUAAGGUUCAGAAAACUGGUGACGUGAAUGUUAGUUUCAGACUAACUCAGACCAGGAGAGGUGACGUGGUGAAAAAACUUGCCCCAAACAAGACUCUGUUGUCCAACAUGUGGAGGUUGAUAAAAGAUUCAGUUCUGCAGAUGAUCUCUGUCCUGAGGGAAAGAGCUUGACUGUUCUCUGUGAUACAACUUUAACAAGAGGCAAACAAGAAAACAAGGUGUGGAAACAGAUCACUCAGGUGCUGAUCUAUGUUGUGCAGCAGUAUUGUGGUAACAGGAUAAAAUCUUUCAUUAUCACAUCACCUCUGCUAAUGUCAUAUUAUGGACUUUAAGCGGUGACGGUUGAUGGGACAGCUACCGCAUGAUGCAAUGAUGUAGAUUCUAUGUCGACACUUCUUACUGAUGCAGUUUAACUGUCUACUAUGAGAGAAAGACUAGUUUGCCCUGUGAUACGUUACAGACUUAGCAGGUAAUUAUAAAUUCUUGUCUUAUUUAACACUUUUAUUUCAUUUAUAUUCAAUCAUACCGUUAGUAUUUUAUGCAUUAUGAGUAUAUUUGUUAAAGAUACUGAUAAUUUGACAGAUUUUUCCAGUUUAUUCAUAGACAAGUCAGCCAUUGCCAGCAGCACUCAAGAUGCUGAGAGGUGAGAGCCAAGCUCAUGUUCCAGUAGGCAAACUGUUGUUAACCUCCAUCCUCCCUCUCCAGCCCACCACCUCACUGUGCUGUGUGUUGAUGUCUCUGUCCGUGGUGCUGAAGUAACUUAUUUAUACAAACUCCUCAUCUGAUUUGAAAUUGUCUGUAAAGCGAAUAGCAAGAGCUCUCAGGACAUUUAAAGAAACACUGUAGCAAUGUUCAGAUCGACCUUGGUUAGCUGAAGAAGUGAAGUAGCUGUUACCAUUAGCUAUUACCACGGCAUCACGUUGGAAUGUAUACGGGCACCGUAGCCGUCACUUCACCUGUUGCUAUUAGUGAGUGAGGCGUUUUGUUAGACAGUCUUCUGCAGAAUGAACUGAUCAUAAGAUUCCUGUAGUAAGGGAGCACUAGAAAAGAAGUGGUUUAUACAACUUUGUGUCCGACCGUGUAGGAAAUCAGAUGAGUUCAGAAGCCUUCAUACAGAGGAGACAAGAUGUUGUAAAAAGGGGGAUAACGGCAAAUAUUUUCAUACAUUGUCUCCAAAAAGACCUUGAUAUUAUUGCGCUGGGUUGUUCAGAGAAAUAACAGAGGUUUACAAAGCUCUGGCAGAGUCUACCUGACACUCAACACGGUCUGAGUCCACCUCCAGAGACUCCCAACCUAACUGCACAUUUUAGAUAAGUAGCAUAAUGUGGACAACACAGCUGCCUGCACCAAGGGCAUAUACUAAACUCUUGCCUAUUUUAGGCUCCACUGUUGGUCAGUGUAACAGACAGGGAAAUUCAGAGCAACAGCUUAAACACUGAUCACUUCAGGAGAUGUUGUAAAGGACAUUUAAUGAGGGAACACUUAAAGUAAUGGUCAAAGGCUUCCUAAACAAUGUGUGGACUAAAUGGCUUAGAAAAUGAACGAGUCUCAGUCAGAGCUGGGGAUGUGAAUUCGCAACAAUUUAUCUUUCUCUGUAGUAAACUUCAAAUCCAACCUGUCAGUGAACACAUCUAACAGCAUCACUGUGUUUUCAGCCUGUCUCCUCCACUGUUUAACACUCAGGUGAAUCUGCUGCAGUGUGAGCAUGGUCUGUAGAGUGUCACUGACUCUCUCUUUAGACAUGAUAUCACACGCAACUCUCUCCACUGACUCCUCUCACUCUCCUCCAUGUUCUUUGUUCUGAUCAGAAAUGAUCGCACAUGUCAAUAUGCUUCGCUGUUUGUGUUUGACCUGCUGUUUUUGUUUAACCUGAUGUUUUGUUGUCAGCUGCUUUUCUGUGUUUUGAUGUGAUGAAGAUUCAACUCAACUCAACCAGCUCAGGACGUGAAUCAUAGAGGGACAUGUGGUCUGAUGGAGAAGUUUCAGAAACAUGAUUCCAGCCUUAUUCUAAAAGGUCUGAAGCUCAGGGUGGAAUGUCCCACCAGUCACACCAUAUUUUUCAGGUCUCAAGAUUCUUCAUAGGAAUAACACUGAUAGUUAAACUAAAGCCCAACCAGCUCAGAGUGGGUUGACCAUGUCUGCAGCAUUUACAGUGGGUACGGAAAGUAUUCAGACCCCUUUAAAUUUUUCACUCUUUGUUUCA